CCUGUGUGCAGAACAUCAAACAGGGCAGAGCCUUUAACAAAGGGCAGAGUGUGUAUUUAGCAGUUAGUACCUGCAGUUGAGUCACAAGCAAGAUUUGCCCGAGGUUAGUGCCUCACAUCCGUGUGCAGGCACUCAGGGCACGCCUUCUUCUCAUACAAGCCGUGCAGACAGAAGCCUUGUCAGGCUAGCUCCCAGGGGUGGUGCUAAAACAGACUUCAACGCCUUCGCUGCCCUGACAGCAGCGGGAUCACAUAAUCGCUCAGGACGAUCAGAGUUCAUAAAGAUCAGCACUAUGACUGAUGGGGACUAUGACUAUCUGAUCAAACUCCUAGCCCUGGGGGAUUCUGGGGUUGGGAAGACAACAUUCCUUUACAGAUACACGGACAACAAAUUCAACCCAAAAUUCAUCACAACAGUAGGAAUAGACUUUCGGGAAAAACGUGUGAUAUACAAUAGCAGAGGACCAAAUGGAUCUCCAGGAAAAGCCUUUAAGGUCCAUCUACAGCUCUGGGACACCGCUGGGCAGGAAAGAUUUCGAAGUCUCACCACAGCAUUUUUCAGAGAUGCCAUGGGUUUUUUAUUAAUGUUUGAUCUCACCAGCCAACAGAGCUUCUUAAAUGUCAGAAACUGGAUGAGUCAACUGCAAGCCAAUGCAUAUUGUGAGAAUCCUGAUAUAGUAUUACUUGGUAACAAGGCUGACUUAUCAGAUCAGAGGGAAGUCAAUGAAAGACAAGCACGAGACCUUGCAGAUAAAUAUGGCAUACCAUACUUUGAAACAAGUGCAGCUACUGGGCAGAAUGUGGAUAAAGCUGUGGAAAUGCUCCUGGACUUGAUAAUGAAGCGCAUGGAACAAUGUGUUGACAAGACACAAAUAUCUGACACAGCCAAUGGAGGAAGCUCGGGGAAGCUAGAUUCAGCAAAGCCAGAGGAGAAAAAGUGUGCCUGCUAGACUUCACCUCUAAACUGUGAGAACCAAUACGAAUAUUUGAUCUGAAAAUGGCUGAUUUACCACUAAAUUCAAAUCUGGCCAUGCAUAGAAACAAAGCUGUCUUGUUUGGGUUUUUGUUCUUCUCCAGAGAACUGAGUUUUCAGAGAGGCUUCUGUGCUGGAACUAAUAUUCCUGAUAUGGCACCAUGGAAGAUCUAAAAGAGCCCUCAUCUUUAUCUUAGUACAAUCAGGCUAGAAAAUGUAAGAGACGUUCCCUCCUUCCUUGGAAGGAGAAAAAACUAUAGGGGGGGAGGGGAGGGAAAUAAUUAAAUUGGAUAGUGUGAUAAACUAAAAAGGGGGUACUUUGUUAGGUCUCUGUCUGUCUUAAUUGAAUCUUGCUUCUUUAUACUACUUUGUAUUUACAUCAGAGACCAUAUAUCUGCUAAAGUGGAGAUAUGAGUAAAGAGAAUGUUAUGUGGUAUAUUACUUGUGCAAAGGAAGCAAUGGUGUGACUGACUAAUAAGCUAGUGUGUGAGGAGAAAGGGGUGGAGGCUUUUUUUUUUUUUAAAUAAAACCAGGGAAACAUGCAACAUUUAUUUAUGUUGCUAGUAAAUAAUCAAGCAGGGUUUGGAGGGGGAUAGGGAGAAGAUACUCACUCACUCAAAUUCCACCGCUACAUGGAAAAGUGGCAACACUUGCUGUUUGAGGCCAGCAGAAUACAUUUCAUGGUGUCUUGCAAAUUUCACCAUAAGCAAAAGCACUCUUGCUAGUCAGAAAAAUUCAGUGUUCAACACCAGAAAACAGGCUGUGUGCAUCAGGUAUGGCGUGCGAGGGGAAUUGUGAAAAUGGUGUCACUGUCUAUAAAAGAGUUGCAAAACUUGUAUAGCACUUACUGAUUCUCUAAGAAGUUAGUCAGUUGUUGACUGGGAACUCACCACCUGCCAUGAUUUUGUGUUGUUGCCAGUAUGCUUUGCUUUCAAAUGAGCACAAUUUUUGCAUAUAGAAAGUGGACCCUCCUUGUGAAAUACUUCUGAGGUGGGGAUUUGGAAUGCCAACAUAUUAAAUGUGAUCUAACACUAGAUAAAAUGUAUUGUAUUGUGUAAGCCUAUACAAGUGGGGUGGUAUGGCAGGUAAUUAGAAGACACCACCAGUUGCAUUAAAAAGUAAAGCAGGAAGGUAAAAGGUGAGUAAUUUUUUGUAUUGUCUCCAGUGUAUCUGAGUGUGGCUGAGAGAAGGAAUGAGAGAGUUCUUCUACAACAGUAUAUGUCUCUCUCCUCACUGGUUUCUCUUUUAAAAGCAAAGAGUACAAGAAGAUAUUUAGGGUUUACUUCUAUUAAAUAGGUAAGGAUCUAACAACAUGUUCAAAGGACUCGAUGAAUUUGUACUUCCAGACUCAUUUUUAAAAAUCACUCUAGGGAAAAAUGUUUCACAGACGAGCUCUACCAAAGAGCAAAACUAAAUUGGUUGGGUUGGGGGAGAUGGUGGAAAGGAGGUAGACUUCCUCUGCUUUAAAAUUAAAUCAAAUGUGAGGUUUUCAGUUUUAGUUUUUUGAAGUACUGUGAUUUUUUUGAACCAAUUAAGCUUAUCAGGUGGCUAGUCCACAGACUAUCUUAUUUGAUACCUUUUUUUGAAAAAUAUUGAGGGUUUACUAGCUGCUUUGGUGACUGGGCAGCACACUUCCUGCCCAUCCCUCCCAAUGAUAUUUAUUGAAAGAUUUGGCAUGUAGAGAAGGCAGAUGGUCUGACAAUAAGGGUAGCCAUUUUUGUAGGGUGAGUAACCAAAUAGCCACUAUAAACAAAUUGGAGAAAAAUUCAGUUUGCUAAGUGUCUAAAUGAAGACACAUCCUAUGCAGCAAGUUCUGAAAUACCUGCUGCCCUUUUGUAACCCAAAAGCACAUGUUACGUAUGAACUUCGGUGGCUGCAAGACAGCCACUGUUAUCAUUUGGUAGCUCUUGCCUAGGCAAAGAAUAUAAAUAGUUGAAGUAGGCUUUGAAACUUCAAGCACACUCCCAAAAAAUAAAUGGAGGGAAAUGGAGUUUUAAUACUAAACAAUACCAGAGCUUUGUUCUGCUAAGUCCUCCAAAGUCUGUGAUAAGGGUGGGAAUGGUUGUAACCUGGGAUUUCCCGCCUCAUCAUUUUUUAAAAUCCUCAACCAUGUAGAAAGUACUUAAUUUACAGUAUCUGGUUUUGCCCAUUCAAACAGGGUGAGGAGCCUAGUUCAGAGCUCACUUGUUUACUUUCAGUAUGAAUACAUUUCCUAAAGUGACAUAAGUUGGUGUUUAGAGUCUAAAGUUGUUAGCGAAUUCUAAUGGCUGUUGCUAGCCUAGCAGAGUAGUGAGAUAGGGAGACUACUGCAUGCAAAGCUGUGAAGAGUUCAUACCCCCAAUUACAAAGCAGCCUAAGGGGGGCGAUUCAGCAUCCAGUUAACAGCUUCCCCGUUUUGGCCAGCACUCUAGAAUAAGGAUGACAUGAGGGCAAAAGCCAACUGCUCUACAGCAGGACCCUACAGUCUUCCUCAUUAAACUCCAUUGCCUGACAACUCCCAAGGGAAAGGACUGUCUCAGAACUGGUGAUCCCGCUAAAUGUAACUGUUCUAAGACAUUCCACUGCUUGAAGGUUGAAUGUGUAACAAUCACAACUUGAACGGUAGGCAGUUGAGUAUGAUAUAGUCUCUAUUGCCUUAAUGUAUUAGCUCAUCCAAAAAGCUCACAUCAAUCUUUUUAAUUUAUCACUGUCUUGCUGCCAUUAUAAAUUAUUUUCAGAUAUUAAUGUGGAUGGGUUGGUAGCCACCAAACCGUAGUGUGGAAGGAGGUAAAGUAAAUCUACCUUACCCCUUAGAGACACUGGCAGUUUUGCAGGGUAGCAUUCAACUAUGGAGUUUAUAUUUAAAUAUAAUCAGCUACAAACUGCUUUAUAGAACUCCCAGAUUCAUUUUCUCUGCAAGAAACUGGAUAACUUGCUUAUUUCUUAACAGUCUCCCCAGCUUGCUUCUAUUUCUCCACACCCUUCUUGUUCCUCCUAACUACUGUUUUUAGGGUCACAUUCUAGUGGAGAGAAGGCUGCUAUAUUCGUGUAAUUGCCUUUUGGGCCUGAUCCUAAUUACGGAGCAGGUGCAAUCCCCAUUCACUUCAAUGGGUGAUUUGAGAUGCUGAGCUUCUCAUUGGGAUCACUCCUUUAUGUCAGUGAAGAUGUCUCCAUUGCUGCAUGUAAUGGAAGUGUGAAAGUUUCCAUGCUAGUGUCCUUUUACUGUAAGCUACCCUGAAAUGCUUAUCUUUAAGAUCUUAAGGACACACUGCUCUCAAGUGCCUGUAGCCAGUGAAACUCUAAUGUAGUGAAGUCUUGCCCGACUGCCCCAGCUCCUAUACUCCUUAACCACUUCCUCUAAGAAAAGAGGGGGCAUGGCUGCAGUUGCAGUUUGAAGCCUUUCUGAUUUUCACUAACUGGAGGUUCACUAUGCACAGAUCCCACUAUGUAAUUUUUCCAUAACUGGCAACGUACUGAGCUGACAAUACCGAGUGACGUAUAACUGGUUGUGACUCAUUGUUUGUGCACCAAUUAGUUUCCAAUCUCCACGUUGCAGCCGAGACAUUAAUAGAAGAGUUCAGUUUCUACACAGAUGCGAUGAUGAAGUAGAACUCAAACCCCUUGCCAUGACACUACUGUUUACCAGUUCAAACUUUUAGGUUUUCAUUCUACAGCUGCAAAACUGGUUUUUACACCAAUAUUCUUUGGAGCACUGCAUUUGAGCAUAAUCCUUCUUUCAAAUACCCCUAGGAUCACAUGGCCCUAAAAUGAAUUCACUUCCAUGUACCAUGUCCAGCAAAGAGUGACCACUCUCAUUUUCAAGUAAUCUAGACUCGCUAUUUCAAUUUUGCUAUUGCAUAAAUUAUGUGGUACGCAGUUAGAUCAGAAGCUCAACAUCUGCUUUAUGUACAAACACAGAAGGCUUGUAGCUUGGUUAACUAUCCCCAGGGUAUUGGAACAAUGAGUCCUGCAGUUAUACAUGUGUAUACAUAAGUACUUAAUAUCAGUAUAAAACUUCUGCUCCUGCUAACCUUUGUUUUUAAAUUGAAUUAACACAUUGAUCCCUGUGUCCUGCUGGUUUCUGUCUUCUCUCCUAGACAUGUGUGCCUUCCUCCAAAAUUCCCCUCCUUAAUACCUUUUUGUAACUCUUCUAGGCAGUGCUCAUUUCUGAGUUUGCAGUUAUAUGUGGUGCUAUGCAUGAACCAACCCUGAACAUGGUAAUUACUUAAUCAAGGAAUGACAUGCAGCACCCAAGAUGACAAUCCUGCCAAACCUAUGUAGUUCUGAUUUUCAAGGACUCUGUUGCUGGGUUUAAUAUGCUGAUUUCUUUUUAAUUGCUUGAUUUGAAUCAGGUAUGUCUUAAGUUCAUCAUCUCUCUUCCUAGGUAGCCUCCAGGCUUUAUACAAAUCGGAGGUCAUCAGAUUUUUGUCUUUCAUUUGUUUUCUUGUUCAUCUCCAUCUCCAUCCAUGCUCAAUUAACCUUUUUUGAUCUACUGUAGUGUCAGAAAUCAUUUCUGAACUCCCAGGUAGUAGUCCAUUAUUUCUUCCUGAUCUACAAGUAUUUUUGUCCUUCUAAUCUCAAGCAUGAAUGUAAAAAUGUGACAUUGCUUAAUACACUAAGCAACCACAGUGUUGUAUGAAGAUUUUAUUUUAGAAUGUAUUUAUUAUAUUAUAAAAAUCUUUAUUUCUUCAGUUCCAUCUGUUGAGGUGGAACAAUGGGUAAGAAGAAUACCAGUGCAGAUGGGUAAAUACACUUGUCUUAAAGUCAUUGUUUUAAGCUUCUGAAAUAAGAGGUGCUCUGCUGCAUGAAAACUGCCAUUUUGAGAGUCCACAAAACUUCUUUAGGAAAUAUUUUAGACAAGCCUUCCUUCCCAGCCACGCCCCAAAGCUGAAAGUCCUCCUAGCCAAAGUUACCCUUUUUAUCCCAUUUCUCCAUUUCCACAUCCUUUAUUUGUUCUAAAGUAGUCUUAUUUUCUACCUCUAGCCUGAAUUUUAAGGGUGUUCCAAAUGUAUCUGUGGGGAGGAAUGAAGGAAGGCUGGCGUGAUGGCACUUGAAUCAAAAACUUCUUUUCAAACAUAGAAACCAUUUCUGCAGUGAGUUUACACUGGCCAUGUUUACAUUGCUCUAAAAUGAUGUCUCAGCUACUUCUGUGACCCAAAAGCUUCUUAAAUCCUUCAUUGCCACCUAUGGAAUCCGCAUGUUUUACAAGGCGUCCUCUAUGGGUGACAUUGUCCUCAGUACAGGAGCCCAAACAUGGACCAGUGCAUCACUUAAAUCUCCAAGUUUAAGGGUUCACAUGGUGCAUAAGUUUUUCCAUAGCGACAUCUUCAUGGAGGUUGAGUCUGUCUCUAAGAUUACCCCUAGAUUAUAGACCUGGCAUAAAAUGUUCACCAGGUCUCCAAUUCAGCAAAGCGUUUAAGAAUAUGCCAAAGUGCUUUGCUGAAUCAGGAGCUUGAGCACCUUUAUGGAGAGAAAUAGAACUGCCAGUAGAAUAACCAUAGUUCAAAUAAUCCUUAAAAAUGCAACUGUGUAGAAAAUACUUUUUAAAACUGUCAGUUUGUGAACGGGUUUUUUUUGUUUAGUGUUUUUCCUCUUACCAUCCAGUGAUUUCAAAAACUUAAAUCAGCACUAGGGAAAAUGCUAAGCGUGUUUUUCAUUAACUUGCCUCAAAGAUUGGUUGCAGCCUUAAGCAUAUGAUUUCUACUGAUAUCAUGUAAAAAGUAUAGCCACUCACCUGUUUGUGUGGCAGCAGCACUGCCUAUCCUGAACUGUUCCAGGAUUAAACUCCCACUCAAGGUGACAGCAAAAAAUAUUUGAACUUAAUGCUCAUCUACGUUUGUAAUUUACAUGCUUUACUUCAUUGUGAAACCUACCAUUAGCCUCCCCUCUUUCUAUAAAAUACAUCCAUCUGUCUAACUUUCUAUGCUAAUUCUCUUGUUCUAAUUCUGACCGUUUCCCCCAAAAUUAGAAUGCAAAACAAACAAAACCUUAAAAUGCACAGGGUGGAGAACUUACUGCAAUUGUCACUGUCAAUUUAUGUAAUCCCCAAAUGCUAUCUUCCUUUGGGGAGUAUAAAUCCCAUGUUUCCUCUUUCGAGCAUACCCUUUUACGUUUAAAAAGAGUGUGUUAUCUCUGGAAAUAUAUUGGGUAUCCAAAGACAUACUUGGGUUGCUAAUAGCCUAAACAAGUUUUUAACUAAAACUUGCUUACAUAAAUAUAUAAAAUUCCUUUGUGUAUGAUACCAUAGCCGUUGAAGGCAAGAAAGCACUUUUCAGGAGCUUGAAAUUAAGACUGUAUCUCUUUUUUUUUAAAAGAAUUUAAAAGGAACAUAGAUAUUCCAUUUUUCUUGUAGUGGGUCAUAGGUGCCUCUCCAAUUGUUACUCCCAUAUUUCCAUGACUAUGUAGACGAGACCGAUGUUGGAUAUGCUGUACCAAAAAUCCACAAUUAAAUCACUUAUCUUACAACAUAGAGUUGAGAGAAGCUGCCAUUUGCUAUACUGCUAAUUUUGUAAAAUCGGUUGCCUUAGAAAUAUUUUGUGAAGGCUAAAUCUUAGUUAACACUUUUGAAUAUGUAAAGGAUUAUCAAACACUUGUUUAGACUUUAGAUAACACUGGGCCAUAUGACUAACUUUAAAAAAGAUAUAUAAUAGAGAUAUUUUGAUACCUGCUUGACAGCAAAUAUUUCAAAACCUGUUUCAUUCAAAGUGGAGAGUUCAUCUCUGAAAAUUAAUACUGUAAGGCUUACAAAUAGAUCCCUUGAUCAACAUCCAGCCUCUAGAGACAUAGAACCAAAAUAUCCAGCUAGAAUUGUACUUCCAAUAGUAAUCAAACCUAGCUGUGAAUUGUCUUAAGACACUUAAACAAUUCCACUUUCUUUAAUGGAGCCACUUGUAUGAGUGGUGCCAUGAUUGAAGGAUCCAGGUAAUUUUGACAGGAAACAGAAAUUAGCAACUGCUACACUAGUACAGGAACAAAACACUAUAUAUAGAGAGAUUUCAGGCCUCAUUCUGAUUUUGCUCAAAACACCAUUUUUACACUGGUGUAACUCCAAAGAUGUCCAUGUGAAUCAAGUAAGACCAGGCUUGCCGUAUCUUUUUGGGUGUAUUUUGAACAGGAAACUGUUUUCAUAGCUGCUUUCCUGUCAUCAAUAGCAUGUAAGCCAUCUGCUCUACACCCCUCCUUUCACUGCAGAUAGGACAAUUUUUGGACAGGAGACCAGGCAGUCAGCUGAGAACCAUCCCUCUGGCUGUUGGACAGAUCUGUUUUUAGAUUUUAUUUUUUUUUUCUUUUAUGUCUAUUCUCUAGUUCAGGAAAAUACAGAUGGUAACUCGUCAUUGUGUGCUUUUUCAUAUGAUAGCUUAAACUGAAAAUAUUCUUUAGAAAGCAUACCCUAAAGGUGUCAAGCCUCAUUGCUCAAUAGGGCUUUUAAUGUACAUACUGUAUACUCUGAUACCAAUUGUAUCUUACUGGACCUUAUUUAUGGAAGUUAAAUUGUUCUUUGAUUUUUGUUAAAGGUAACCAGCCGACAAAUGCUAACACUGUUUUAUUACCUUUUAAAUGUUCUGUUAUGUUCCCUUAAGCAUGUUUUAUGUUUGUCUUUGCAACAGAUCUGUAAAUGUUAUACCUAGUGAUAUGAAUGUGAUUUUAAACUCUUGAGCAUAGUAUUUUUAUUAUGUAUACCCCUUGAUAGACUGGUGCCUGCAUAACACUGUUAACAUUAUUUUGUCGUACCAACUUACUGGUGGCUUCAAAAUAUAUUGUCAAAUGAUUCUCUGGUGUCUGGGUUUGUAUGAUAUGGUCAAGGAAUGUACUCCUGUGAUUCAGUUUCUGCACUGUUCUUUUCAAAAUAAAAACGCAUUUUAUA